AUGACGUCAUCGGCACGCAAGUUGACCAUUGACCACGUUGUUGAUCGGACCGGUUCGAUUCUGAACCGUGUCGAUUUUGACUGGUUUGAUCGGUUCAUUUCCUUAAACGAUCAGAAUAUUAAACCGGACCGGUAUAAAAUCCGGUUUGCCGAAUCCAUUCAUUACGAUGGUGAAAUAGUGUAUGAUGAAGAAAGUUCUAUCGUUUUUAGAUCAGGACAAUCGAUAAUUACCUAUAUGACACCGGAAGUCAACAGUCUAACAGCGUUGAAGAAUCUGAUAUUGCAUUCCGUCGGACAACAAGAGCAAAAAGGGUAUCGUUUACGUGACGACGAGGACGUACGGCUUAUAAGGUCGUGGCACAACCGAUGGACAAAUGUUCAUCUGUUAGAAUUAUUCGUGUUUCUCGUUGAGUUGGGUGGCCGAGGAUCAUCUGCAGAUACUGUCGAUGAUAAUCCGUUGAGUGGAGCUGUUAGACGAACUAUCAGAAGGACGAUGGUGGAUCUACAUAUGCCACUUGAAGGUAGUCAAGAGGGGUCUAAUGUUGAAGUUCGUAAUGUUGACUUGAUGGAUGGCGAUGUUGAAAGUCAUGAUGGUUCUGCUAUCAGGGAUCCGAUGAUGGAUCAGUAUGAAGUUAACCCCGAUGACGGAGACGAUGCUGAUAAAGAACCACCCGAAAUUCCUUAUGAUGGUGACGAGGAAGAAGAGAUGAAUUACUACGGUGACACACAAAUCGCUCUGACACGGCCAGCUAUUUCUCGAUCAUAUGACCGGCCGGAUCAUUUCACGAGGUUGAAUCUCGAUGCAAUCACUUUCGAUUGGUCGUUUACCCAGGGAGGCUCCGAAGAGGAUCCAAGCAACGAGUUCGAGGUUGGACAACAAUUUAAGAACAAGGAAGAAGUCAUGUUGGCAGUUAAGCAGUACAGCAUCAGGAGGGCUGCGGAGUACAAAAUAGUUGAGAGUGACCAGUUGAGGUAUAAUGCACAGUGUAUCCAGUUCGGGCCCGAUUGUAAUUGGAGCAUACUCAUAUCAUAUCGCCGAAAGCAAGAAAAAUGGGAGGUUAGGAAAUACACUAGUCCUCAUACUUGCAUGCAAACAUUGAUGGGGCAAGACCAUCGUAGGUUAAAUUCGAAGGUGAUUGCUCAACACAUUUUCAUGAUGGUCAAAGCUGAUCCAACAAUCAGCAUCAGGGUUCUGCAAGGAGGUGUGGAGAAUCACUUUGGUUACAAAGCAUCCUACAAAAAGGUUUGGCUUGCAAAACAGAAAGUCAUUGCUAGAAUAUACGGCGAUUGGGAGGAGUCAUACAACAAGCUUCCUCGUUGGUUAUUUGCUAUGCAGAUGUACUUGCCUGGUAAGAUUUAUUUCAUUAUGGCUAUAGUCCACGUCCUGCAAGGUGAUAGUCAUCUCCCUGCAUGGUAA